CAAAUUAUUCGCAUAGCUCAGAUGCGCACCUUGGAAAAUACAUAUUAACUCUAGCUGACACAUUAAUACUUGUAUUUGGAGCCAACUGUACAACGGACCAGACAAAAUCGGACCGAGAUUUGACAAGGAGAGAUGAAAUGCCUGUAUACAAAGACUAUUUGUUUGGUGUUGUUGUUAUGUAUAUUGGCUGCCACAAGCGAGGUAUACUGUGACUUAUUUUUAUUUUGACAAUGGUAAAUUUAGAUGUACGAGAAUUGAUAGCGACGAAAUGUUAGUGAAAGCUCAAUUAAAACAUCUUUUUAUGAUUUUCGAAUCUAAUUGUGGUUGCUUUCACAGAUUAGGAGUAGAAUUUGCAGACGUACUGUGUUCUGUUGGCGAAAUCUUGUCGGCGACAAGUAUACAUAAUAAAAUAUUUUGAUUUGCGGAUUGCUCUGCAAGCGUUAACGUGCGGAAUGUUAAUGUAGUCAUCAAGUCGUAAAUGUAAUCGAAUAGCGCGCAGCUUUGAGUCGCGCACCAAAUUGUAACGAGCUAUAACGUUUUGCGCAAAAGGAUUAAAAGAACGCAAUGUUCUGCAUACAUACUGACGCAUUUAAUGCAGCAGUGUGUAAAUGUUUAAUAACGCUCUGUUGGUCUAUUUAGGCUUUUAGUAAACUGUGCGCGCAAAUUGAAUUCUUGCUAACGCAGUGAGUGACUGAUAUUUGAAAUGUUUGAAUAGCCAUAUCUUGGCAGAUGUGGCUCUCAGAAUGGCAACGCGGCGAUGUUUAUGAACAUAACAAACUCCUUCAGUUACAAAAUGCACAAAAAAUCUUGUCUGCGCUCAGCCUGGUAUUUUGCGUAUUAUUGUGCCUUUAUCAUUUUCCUGGCACUGUUCAGCUUUUAACUUCAUUCCCAGGCUAAUUGUCUGGCUACAAAGUAGUGCUAAAGUCAAUAUGUCAUCAUCAGGCAUCCGACUAGAAAUUCUAGAUUGUGUUAGGACUUAUAUGAGAUAAUUUAUAUGUAAGGCAUGUUUAUUUUUGCAUGCAGGACAGGACUUUCUCAUUGACAUGUAAAUUUAUACAUGGAUGUUAGAUAAUGUAAAAUACUUGAGUCGACAUCGUUCGUUUAUGAUCGGUGCGAACGGGAAAGGGGUUUAGCCGUUUAGUUGUUUUUUUUUUAACUACUAAAUAAAUCUCUUUCCCGACCGAUGGCUUCUUAUUAUUGACAUGUAACUCAUCUGGUGUUAGACGGACUGAAAUACUUAAAUAAGCACCGGCCAUAGUGGAUAGACAUGGGCGGCGUUUUGACUGCUUCAUUAACGAUCUCAUCAUUUGGCGUUAGGAAAGUGAAAUUAAAAAAAAUGAGAAUCCACUAGAAUGAAGAGUAGGGUCAAUACGGAUUUGGGGGCGUAAUAUACAAGGACUUGUAAUUGAGAAUCAUUUUGCAAACUAGACUUUGAAUGAAAGCGCAUUUUUUUGAAGUAUAUAAAAUACAACACUAUAGUAUAUUUUCGCCAGCGAGCGCUGACACUUUUGCCUUCAGGCCUACUUGGCAAAAUGAUUCUCACUUUAUGCAAGUCCUUGUACAUUACGCCCCCAAAUCCGUAUUGACGCUGCUCUUCAUUCCAGUGGAAACAUUUUAAUCAAAGCUUGUGAUCUUGAAAAAACGACAUUCAACACCUGGAAUUGAAAUAUAUGCGAAUGUUAUUGUGAUCGAUGAUAGAUGUCCAAAAUUCUGCUAACAUAACGUUACCCGAUAUAAAUUAAGCUCCGACGUAUGGAUCUGAUAUUUUCCUGACAAUGGACCAUUCCCCAAAAUUUUGAUCCCAACAAAUCUAGACAAAAUUUUAUCAUGGCAUGAAAGAGCAUCACAAAAUUAGUAAUAAUCCAAAGUUUCGUUGCAAAAUGUUGUAAAAUGCGGAUAAUUAUAUAGCCUUGCGAAGUUUGUAAUUUUCAGUCAUUUUGUAUUACGCACAGAAGUGGUAACCAUUUCCCGUUUGUAAUCUAAAAUGACGGAAAAUUGGAAACUUCGCAAGGCUAUAUUAUCCGUAUUUUACAACAUUGUGCAACGAAACUUUGGAAUAUUACUAAUUUUGUGAUGCUCUUUCAAGUUGUGAUGAAAUUUUUGUCUAGACUUGUUGAGUUCAAAAUUUUGGUUAAUUGGGGGAAUGGUCCAUUCAUACGUGUAAUGCUUAUAGAGUUCAUUCAAACAUAAUCCUGAAGACUUAGUCUGGCGCACUAGUCUGACGUUAUAUGUGCUAGCAUUUGCUAGAAUUUGCGCACCUAAACAUUUGCGCACUAAAAGCGCAGGUUCAGAUUUGACUACCACUACCUUUCACUGGCUUAGUCCUCAUCUGAUUGGUUAAUCGAAUAUAUGAAACCCAUCUGAUUGGUUAAUAGUCCGUUAAUGGUAUAGCGGUAGUGGUAUUAUGAACCUCUAAUAAUAUAAACACGAGAUAUUUGUAAAGUCUAAAUACAUCAACAGGUACUAGUUUAAUAGUUUAGUAAAUAGUUGUAAGUUUAUCAAUGUGUAUAUAAACAUGACAACAAAUUAAUGUUUAUUAUUAUUUAUUAUUAUUAUUAGUAAAACUAUAGAUUUAGCCAAGCUAACCCUUUAGCUAAAUACUGAUUUUUAAGGGGACGUGUAAACAUGAACCUCGAACUGAACUUUGCUAACAGUGUAUAUUAGAGACCUUACGAGUUUAGGACGGCAACGCGACGACGACGGCCAAAACAAACUCCUUCAAAUAAAUGGUAGUAAAGAUAAUUCGUGGUAUAUUAUCAAUCGUAUUUUAAUUUAAUACAGUCUUAGAAGUUGAAGACAUAGGUUUUAUGGUUGGGAAGAGUUCUGCUGAACCCAGUUUGAAAUUGCACUUGUUAUAGUGGCUUGGAAUGCAGCCGUUGUAUCAAGACGUGAAAAUCUGUGAUUUGGCGUUGUAAACAGAGCGAGGACAAUGUCUAAAUUAUUCAUAUAUUGUAAUUACUCAAUUCUUUUCAAUGAUCUAUUGUAUUGGUAGCCGUUGCCGUCGCGUUGCCGUCCUAAAUCGUAAGGUCUCUAUUUAUGUACACAGAACGACAGACGAAUCAUUUCUCACGACAAGCUUUUCAGAGAAAAGCCAGGCCGCGUUUACACCAUAACGGAGUGGUUUGCCGUAGUGUACGAUCUGACCACUACUCUUGGCACUCCGAAUGCAAAUGAAUACGCUAUGGUAAAUUUUCCGUGGCGUCAUAGCCACUUAGUGUAAACACUUCGUUUGUAUGGAAAAACUAUGCAGAUAUUAUCUGUCGUGUAAAUUUGGCCAUAGAGAUUACAAUCAAUGUUUAGAAUUCCUUCGUUUUUGGAUAUUAUCAAAAAAACGGUCGCAGCUGAAACGACAAUAGUUUACGCAAAUUUCGCACACUCGCGUAAAUCAUAACAAAUCUGAGAUUGCAUGCGCGCAGCUGAAUGUUUCAACGCUUCUUGUCGUCUGAACCAAUUAUUUUAAGUUGCAUAAUUAGCGCGCCUUCUUCUGCAAACAAUUGUGCUGUCAGCGCUCCGACACCGCGUGAUCUUGGAGACGUCAGAAAAGAAUGCAGAAAUUUCGAGUUCUAUAAUGGUGCUACAUUGGUAGUUGUUUUAAUAUUUACAUAUCCUCGUGUUUGACAGAUGUGGUUUUUGUGUAAAACUUUCGCUAAGUGCUCUGCUUGUACCUAAUGUAAAUACUCUAAAUUAGACUAAACUAACUUUAUUUAUACUGAAUGGUGAAGGUCAUUUCUUGUUAGCAAUUCAUAGCCCCCUCAUUUCUAAACUGGUCUUCAUAAAGGUCAAGUGAGGGUCAUCUCUUGUUGGUCGAGUGUUACCACAGGAGGAAACUUUAUCUACAAAACCGUAGUAAGUACUAAAACGGUAUUUCUUCACCUCACUUAUAUUUAUAUACCUAUAUGGUAUAUACUAUUUAUAUACAACAUGUGCGGCUGUGUUGUAUCGAAAAUACAAACUCGAGCCGAGCAUUCGUAUUCUUCAACAAUUUUGAAUAAAUAAUGAUAUAUUUAAGAAAACUGAACUUCAAGUUUAUGUAAAUCAGACUCCUUCACGGUCAUGAUUUCUAUUGUGUUUUCUUGAUGAAUUAUUGAUGAUUUUCACAAGUACUAGUCAAAACAUGAGCAGCCGAUCUUUAUCUGAUAUACAAACUCGAGCCGAAGCUUUCGAGUUUCGUGCUUAAAAAACUACCCAUCUUAUGAGUUCAUUGGCGAAGUAAUUUUAAAAAUAAACACUGUCUAAGCCGAGAAAAUCAGUGUUACCUACAGUAAUACAGUGUUACCUACAGUGUUACCUACAGUAAUACAGUGUUACCUACAGUAAUACAGUGUUACCCACAGUAAUACAGUGUUACCUACAGUAAUACAGUGUUACCUACAGUAAUACAGUGUUACCUACAGUAAUACAGUGUUACCUACAGUAAUACAGUGUUAUCUACAGUAAUACAGUGUUACCUACAGUAAUUACAGUGUUAUCUACAGUAAUGCAGUGUUACCUACAGUAAUACAGUAUAUAAGGGAAACUAUAAUGACCUGAAUAACUCUAUCAUUUCUGAACUGUUCUCUCUCUUGGAGCAAAGCUCUGUGGGUCUUACCUGUCUGCAUGACAAAGUUUGAAUAAAUAUAUAAAUAAAUAAAGGUUAGAUGAAUAAGUGGACAUUGGGCCAGUGUUACAUUAGCAGGAAAUCUAAAUUAACAAAGUUUAUAAGCCAUUACGUUACCGCACAUGUACAGACACGAAAUCACUUAUAUAAACAGUUAGAUGUUGUAUAAACAUUUCUACUGCUGUUCAGGUUUCAAAGCAGUUUUGUAUAUUUGAUCUAAACUGAAUUAAAUACACAUGCUAGAUGUUUCUAAAAACAAGGAAAAAGAGGGUAUUGUUUCGCUUCAUUAGCAUAAAGCGCGGAAACGAUUAUAACGAAAAGAGCAUUAAUCGAAGCCUCAAGCUAAUCUAGCUAUAGCCGAGUAUCAAGCCUAUUUACUCAUGUUAGCCUAGCUAAUACAACCGUCUGCUGCAAUGGAAUCUACUUAAAACAACGCAUAAAAUGGUAAUGUAGUUAUAGAGAUGAGUCAGAUGACAAUAGCCAAACAAUUUGCGAGUGGAGAAAGUCGAGCACUCCAGAAUUGUACAUUGUCUGUCUUUGAACUGCUUAAAAGUUUUUGCCUUCCAUCACUUGUUUCAAAUAUUCGUUUCAGGACAGUGCAUCUCACAGACGGAUUUUCAGAUUUUGGGUGCGGAAAAUUCGGUGGGGGUGGGUGGUGAGUGAGCCAGGAGGCUGCCAAGCAAGCUGCAGCAAAGGUCUGGGCGCGCAGCCCCAGCGAGAUGCAGGAUUUAUACAUUUCUGGGGAUGCAUGUGCAAAUUUCUCUGUGUGUUCGUGUGUGUGCCGUUCUGACAACAUUAGCCUGCGUAGCUGGGGCCGCGCCUCAACCCCAACCCUUAAAACCGGCAGCUACACAGGCUAUAUAUGACAACAUCUAGUUUACUCAUCAAUUUUAAACGCACUAUCUAAUUUUUGAUUUAGGUAUAGUUACGACAUAUUUAACGAUAUUGUAGAUCAGCGAGUGAUUUCUCAGACGGACGUGAAGCCAUUUGUCACUGUUACUUGUCACUAGUUGAAACAUGUGCAGCCAAUCGAAAAAUGACCCAUCUUAUGAGUUCAUUGGCGAAGUAAUUUUAAAAAUAAACAUUGUCUAAUUAAGCCGAGAAAAUCAAAGCUGAAGUUUAUGUAAAUCAGGACAAAUCUUUAUCCGAUUUACAAAAAUUGAUUAAACAUUCAGUUCUUUUGUAUUUUCCUCAUGAGUUAUUAAUGAGUAUUUUAAGUAAUGGAUUAAGCAUAAGCGGACGUGUUGAUCAGGACCUAUCAGAUAUACAAACUCGAGCCGAAAGCGAGAGGUUGUAUGUCUGAUAGAACAGGGACGCGAAUGCCGUUUAUAUAGCUUGUGAAAUGUCUGAGAACAUUCGUAUUCUUCAACAAUUUAAAAUAAAUGAAUGAUAUUUGUUGAGAAAAUUGAACUUAAAGUUUAUGUAAAUCAGCUUGAUUUUGUAUCAGAUAUACAAACUCCUUCACGCUCAUGAUUUCUGUUGUGUUUUCUUCAUGAAUUAUGAUGAGUUUCAUAAGUAAUAUUUAUACAACAUGAGGUCAUGUUGUACAAGAUAUUGCUUGUGAUUCGUCUUCAUGAAAACAUUCGUAUUCUUCAAUAUGAAUCUUAAAUUAAAGAUAUAAAUUCUAUUUCUUAAGAAAAAUUAACUAAAAAGUUUAUGCAUUUCCACAGGAUUUUGUGUGAGAUAUAAACAUACAAGCUCCUUCACAUCCUCGUUCCUGGGAUUCCCUUUGUGUUUUCUUUAUGAAUUGAAUGAUCAAUAUAAUAAUAAAUGUGUAGAAUAAUCAAUUACUAUAUAUCGUUUGUUUUGUUCAGAUUUUGUUUGUUUGUUUAUUUAUUUGUUUGUUUAUUCAUUUCUGCAUAAGUUAUCCCAAAAAUGAUAGAGCUUUUAUUAAAUUACUAAUUGUAAGUAAAAUUGGUCUGUGCUAGUGUAGGUAGUGCUCAGCUAGGAGAACUUGAAGUUCUCCUUAUAUUUUUCAUGUAGUUGUAUCCCUAUCAAUCCGAAGCUUUGUUGCGUAAAUAAAAUAUUUCAUUUUCCAAAACGUUUUGUACAUAUUGCCAUAUCCAACCCAGCAUUUGAUCCAUCAUGCUGGGCUUUCGAUGUAGUUAUCCAUUUUACAUUACAUAACUGUUUUCGCUAUUUAUAGGUUGGAGGGGACCAGCAUGACCGAGCCGUGUCUACAGAGAUGAGCACAGGUGUUCAAAGAACUACAGCUGAUUUGCCCGGUAUGUACAGUAAAGAUAGGAACGAAUUAAGAGAUAUUUAUUAUUUUAAAGAUAUUUUUAAGAGUUUGUUUGAUUUGCCGAUUAGUUUAUUCUAAUAGAAUAUCACAUAGAGAUUAAAAUUUGAUAAUCAUAAGAUUGUUGCUCUUUUAAGAGUAUGUUUUGUGCAAAAUAAACAAUAUAUAGGCUAAGAAGUGAGAGCAACUUGUUUAUUUAUUUACAAUUCUAGAUCUAAGAAAAUUGACAUUUAGUUUUAAAUAGUUACAUUGAUUGGUUAUAUAUAGUUACCUGUGUUGGUUAGUAAGAUAUGUUAGUUAAUUAGCUAUACUAUUAGUUAGUUAGGUGUUUAGUUAUCCAGUUAAUUAAUUAAUUAAUUAAUAAUAAUUCAUUAACAAUAACUAAUGAUAAUUAAUGAUAAUAAUAUUAUUAAUAAUAAUUAAUUAUUAAUUUUUGUUAGUUAAUUAAUCACUUAAUUAGUUUUUUAGCUUGUUAGUUACCCAGUUAAUUAUUUAGUUUGUGAGUUAGUUUAAUUGUUUGUUUGUUUGUUUGUUUGUUUGUUUGUUUGUUUGUUUGUUUGUUUGUUUGUUUGCUUGCUUGCUUGCUUGUUCAUUUGCUUGAUUGCUUGCUUGCUUUGCCUGUUAGUUUGCUAGCCUGUUAGUUUGCUAGCCUGUUAGUUUGCUAGCCAGUUAGUUUGUUAGCCAGCUAGUUUGUUAGCUAGUUAGUUUGUUAGUUAGCUAACUUAGCUUGUAUUUAAUUAAGCAAAGGUGUCUUAGUUGCUAGUCUGCUCGAGUCUGCUGGUACAUUAGGCAAUUGAUCAUAUCGUAUUGACCAUGCGUUGGUCUAGAUGAAGCUGAAUUGUGAUCACGUAACUCGUAGCUUUGACGCAAAUUAAUUAUGAUUUUGACAAGUGAAAGUAUAUUGUGCUGUCCUGACGAGUGAUCCUGGUGGCUUAAUUCCAACAUCAGUGUGGGAACUAGUUAGGAGAUUGUAAUUCGAGACUAAGGAUCGUCCUUGAUCAAUGGAAAUAGUUUGUCACCUUUUGCAAAGGUCAUGGCCCAUUCGUGGGUAUUGUAUAGAUACCCAACAUGAAAACCUAAUCAGCCAACUUGUGUAAGUCGUCUUUAUGUCCCAAUAUUGACACCCAAGUCGCAUUUUAGGGUAACUUUCCCUGAUACCCAGUUACCACUGUUCCUGUAAUGUAAACACAGAAUGGAACAAAAAUAACCAAGAAUAUAAGAAACUGGCAUAAACAAUCUUUAACUGAUUUGGUUCUUCAUCUUGAUUAAGUAGUAUAAAAUAGAAGAAGUCUGUGUGGCCGUGUGGCAUCUGUUUUGAAAGAUUGCUUUCUGAGAUUUUCACGUGGGAACCUUGCACAGCAUUGUAGAUAAAACGUCUAGGAUGAGGUAUCAGGCUGAAUUCUCUAUGGUGUUGGGUAGUGCACGUGCUAUAAUUCAUCUCCUUGUCGAUUCCCGCAUUCUGCAAUAUGUAGUUUUUCCUGUCAGUUACAUGAAAGAAGAAUGUUUCUCUACCGAACAGGCCAGUAACAAGGAUUUUAGAUUUACCACAGAACAUUUUUGAUUUUCUAAGUCUUAGAAACGUAUUCUGACAGCAUUUUAAACAAAAAUGUUAAUCUCUUAAACAGUGACACAAUGACUAAUAACUUUAUAGUUUAUCUCACAUUUGUACACUAAUCCUAAGAAUGACAAAUAUUCUUGGUCCAACAUGGUGACGCUCAUUUUAUUUAUUGGGGGUACUUUGUGCAUCGAUCACAACAGCCACCCACCUCUUACGACACUGUAUAGGGCAAGGUCAAGGAAGAGGAUGCUCUAUUCGCUAUCUUUGCUCGGAUAAAACUACAGUCUUUCUUCGAACUUGAAGUAUCCUUGUUUAAUUUUGCUCACGAAUGUUCUUGCCGAGUAACUGGCUCGGUUGACUUGUGGCUAGAUACGGGCCCACCGAAUACUAUAGUUACUAAGUUACUCCAUUAGUAUAUCUGGACCUGUGACAGAUUAUCUUUGCCGAAGAUCUUUAUAGGGAAACGUUUAGACAAAACUGAUAGAGCUAUCCAGCUUAGAUAAAACACAAAAUAAUAGACACUCCGAACUGAAAUUGUAAACAUUUUCCAUCUUUACGUUUCGACUAUUAAUUUAAAUCAUCUUCAGAAGAAAUCUUCAUCUCAUCUUCAGAAAAUUUCUUCUGAAGAUGACUUAAAUUAAUAGUCGAAACGUAAAGAAUGAAAAUGUUUACAAUUUUCGGAGUUUUUGUUUUGUGUUUUAUUAAAAUACUCUAUGGCAACCGCCAGCCUAGACCUUCUAUUUUUAUUAUUUUUUUUAUAAUACCAUUGCGAUACUUACCAAAUGCUAGCCCCGAAAUUGACCAAACCUGCCAAAGCCAGCCAAGUAAAGGCCUAGGUCUAGGCUGGGCAACCGCAAUUUUUUAUCCAGCUUAAAGUCAGUAACCUAAUUCCUUUCCCUAGGUUACUGACUUUAAGCUGGAUCCUUCCUAUACAGGGUGUAUAAAAAAAAACUGCACAGAUUUGAAAUUGCUCUUAAAUUCGCAAAACAGCUAUUAGUAUCCAGUUUGUUAUGUACAUAGUGUGUCUUUUCCAACAAACUAAAAGUGACUUGCGCACGAAAUUUAAAAGCUUUAAUCAUAUUUUGAGUUGAUAGAUGGAACAUUUGUUGGGUUUUUAAUUACUGUACAAAAUUUCAGACAAUUUGCUUUAGGUUAAGCCCUUUAACUAUUCAUUUUUCUCUACUAAUAGCUGUUUUUGCGAAUUUAAGAACAAUUUCAAAACUGUGCAGUUUUUUUAUACACCCUGUAUUGAACAAUUGAAGGAAUGGCCCUUUACUUAGGCUUCUCAGUAUGGUUCCUGACUGAAGGAAUCGGAAUUGUUAGAGCUAUCUAUUAUAUAGUUUAAUUUAGUAUCGAGAUUUUUGGACAUUUCGAGCAGAAAGAUUAUAUAUACAAUUUUAGACCUAACCAGGACGGCUGGCAACUGUGAAAAAUGCAACUAUAUAGGCCCUCUGGCAGGAAUCGAACCUGCGGCUCAGGGAUUCCGGUGCAGCGGUCUAUUUCAACAGCUGCUAAUAUUGCGCUCAAUUUCCAUGUACAAAAACCCUUCCACAAUAAAGGACGACCUUUACUGGACCUCACUAGGAAAACACUUUACACAGAGAGCUGUAUAACAUGAUUUAAUUUAAAGUUCAUAAAACGUUUAAAAUGUUCCAUGAAAGACUGGCUACUAAUGCGCUAUAUCAUCACAAACCAUUUAACCCAUUUGACUUUCGUAUUAUAUUGACGAUAUGACUUCAUGCUGUGUCAACUAAUCGCAGUUAACCAAGACAGCCCCACGUAACGUAUUCAACGUGUAUAUCUGUUCCCUUAAAUUCCUUACAUUCUAUGAUCCAUUUCACACAGUUAAACAUAUGGUAAUUCGCGUGCACCUCCUGUUUUCAAAUGGCUUAAUGGCUCUAUGCAGUACUGUAGCAACUGAGUCGGAAAUGGCGGUAUAUUCCUGUUUACGUUUCCGGAGUUUUUAACUAAAUUAAUAAUCAUGGAAGUUCCUACGGUCUAUAAAUAUAAAUAUGUCUGCAAUAUCAUACAGUACACGAAAUAGACGGUCCAUUUAUUUACGUUACACUCCACGAGCCUAUUAAAAUGGCAACCAGUUCUUCCAUUCACAGUUGUCUUCGGAAACUCCAGGGACCGGUUGAAUCAAGCCCAUUUAGCUUAAACGGUGGAUAAGUCAAAAUUAAAUAACACUAUUGUAUCUCUCGUGGAUCAGUUAACUUAAAUAUUCUGUACUGAAUAUGUAUUUGUAAACAUUAUCGUUCUAUUAAGGUUCAAAAUUUCUAGUUUGGUUGGUGUGAGUGAGUCAUCUUAGAUGGUUCUUAUAUGUGAGAGAGAGAGGUGGGAUUAUCUUGAGAGGUGGGGUUAUAACCACCAUUUAAGCUAAACGGGCUUGAUACGGCAACCGACUCCAGCUGUAGUCCAGUUCUCGUCUGUAUUUACACUGGAUCCGAAUAAGAAAUAUAGCCCUGAACUAGCCCAUAGCUUAUCGAAGGAAAGAUGGCUGUGAAACUAAUUAAAAUAACAAUAUAACUCAUUAUCUAUGUUAGUCGACGUUUUUUCAUAACUCUGGUCUGGUCCUUCACCGUCACGUGUGUAUUGUAUUUUUGCUAAAUCCACCAAUAGCAAUUUCCAAUUUCCCAAUUGUUUGAGUCACGGAUAUGUAAUUUUCCGGCUAAAACAUUGUUAUUGGUUAGUUGGGCAAAAAUACAAUAGACACGUGACAGUGAGGAACCAGAUUUAUGAAUAAACUUUGACUAACAUAGAUCAUUAGUUAUAUUGUUAUUCUAAUGAGUUUCACAGCCAUCUUCCCUUCGCUCAUGAUAGGUUAUGGGGAUCUGUUAGGACUGUAAUAAAGUAUAGAUGAAGUGGCUGCACAUUUUUAUUGCACUUUUGCCUCGUUUCCAUAUGCGCCCGUUUUAGCAUAGCAGGCGCACAUGAAGGUUAUAUUCCCGUGUUUCUCGUUGAGCUUGAGCCAGAGCACAAUCACGAACCUAUUCUUAACCCCAUUGUGCAGGAAAUACGAGGCCAUUGGGGAAGAGUGCAAUAACCAGUAGAUAGAUAGAUAGAAAACUUUAUUUAAACACGCUGACCCCCUCAACCGAAGCUGAUUUCCACGAGGGGCGUGCGAAAAGUAUACAGAAAAGAAUUUUAAAACUAUUUACAAAAUUAAUAAUCUAUAUACAGGUAUAUUAACAUCUAUAUUUUCAGUUAGCUACCAAUCAAUGUGAGUAGCGAUUGUCUUUCGAAAGGAAGGAAAGGAUUUGCUCUCUCUUAUUUCUUUAGGAAUAGAAUUCCAAAGGUGUGCUCCGUCAUAGACGAAACUAUUUUUCAUAUUAUUAGUACGCGGUUGUGGUAAACAAAGACUACUUGAAAUGUUUCGAAGUUUGUAGUUUGUCACCUCACCCUUAUAUGUGAAGAGAUUAAUGAGUGAUUUGGGUCCCAUUUUAUUCAUCAAUGUAGUCCAGUUUGGUUUGAGAGCUUUGAUAGUUUUGCAUGUAUUCAACAUAGAAAAUGUAGCCAUGUCGAAGUUAUGAAUUAUUAUAAAUGAAUAAUGAUUGUAGAUAAUGUAAAUGUACUCAGUUAAAUUUUUUUCUUGUUUUACAGAUAUUUUAAUGAAAGGCAUGAUAAUCAUAAAGAUAAAGACGCUGUCCUACAUACGCGAAUUAUCAUAUCGUGAAAAUAACCUUACAAGACGUCUGACCGCACUUUGUGAAAGAGAGGUGGGGUUAUUUUAAAUGUUUCUUAUACUGUAUGUGUGAGAGAGGUGGGGUUAUCUUGAGAGGUGUUGGUUAUCUUAGAUGAUUCUUAUAUGUGUGAGAGAGGUGGGGUUAUCUUGAGAGGUGGGGUCAUUUUAAAUGGUUCUUAUAGUGUAUGUGAGAGAAAAGUGGGGUUAUAUUGAGAGGUGUGGGUUAUCUUAGAUGGUUCUUAUAUGUGUGAGAGAGGUGGGGUUAUCUUGAGAGGUGGAGUUAUUUUAGAUGGUUUUUGUAUGUGUGAGAGAGGUGGGGGUUAUUUAGAUAGUUCCUAUAGAUUUGAAAAGUGAAGGUCGAGAGGGGGGUUCCUGUUUUAUUUAUUUUUUGGUUCUCUUUGUAGAUAGCUAAGCUGUUUCAUUCAGUCAAAGGAAAACAAAGUAUCAAAGUCGAAUCAUUCAGGUAUGGCAAAUUCUUGAUAUAAUAAAUUUGGGAUGGUGUGUCCACGCCAUAAACGUUUUAUUUUUCUCUUAAGGCGUGGUCGUUGGAGCGCUGUGAUAGUGGUGAUGAUUUUGGACAGCACAGGAAAUGGCAACAUGAGUGAAAUCAGUGAAAUAAUUGACAAGAAGAUUAAAACUCCUGGAAAGUUCAUCAACUAUGACGUGGACAGAAGAAUGGCGUCUUUCAGACCACAAGGAGGUGAAACUUCUGAGCAUUCUUUUUUACUGAUUUUAUUUUGUACUUUUAACCACUGAUUAAUCUUAUGUACUGGAUAGCUCGUUGAUCAUGAGUUCUGAACUGUUCUCCCAACAACUCCAGUAAGGGCUAUUCCAUAUUGCUCCAGUAUUGUGAUGGGAAGGGAACCAAAUGUUUUCAUUAAUACGGUUAAUCCGAACAGUGUUUUGGGUAACUUAAUGUUCCUGAUUAAAAUGGUCAAUUUUUAACUACAGUUCAACCAGGCUAUUUGGUUGAAUGGGUACCCUCUCUGUACAACGUAAUAUUUUAAAACAGCCCACUAAUGACAAAUUAUAUAUCAUGCAAAAAUGCAUGACAAUUUGAAGGGCAAAAAAUUAGCGGCCUACAAUUUCAGGGAAAAUUUGUAGGCAAACGUUUCAGUCUUUUCUAACUCUUUUUUAUUCAAUUAUUCCCUCUAGUGUUUUGUCGGCCAAGAGUGCACUAUGCUUUUGAAAGUUCAAGCGAGAAAGAAGUUUACGAUGAUUCUGGGUUUGACAACAACGGCGUGAUUUACGGCAAGAUCGAGACGACCCGACAUGGAAAAUGUGGCAAGGCAGGAAAGUUUAAGAGUGGCUAUAUCUAUCUGAGGAAAUUUAGGAACACAAAAAUCUCGGGCACUGAUGCUAUCGUGGUCACAUUCUGGAUGAGAAUAAUAAACCCUCGCAGCACCACGUCUCUAUUCAGAGGAUAUUAUAAAGGUAACUGGUAAUAAACUAAGAUAAACUAUAUAAAAUCAUUAUACUAGUUCUGUCUAAGCUGUCUUCCUUAGUUAGUUAUUUAAACGGGAUGACUCUUUCAGCUCCAAAUUGUCAGUGAACAAUCAGAAAUUAUUGGAAGUGGCGCUAGUGUCCGUCACUUUCCCCCCUCGAAGUCCAGUAAGAGUCAUUCGCUGUUGGCCCAACUAACUUAAUUUUAUUUGCGCUAGAAGGCUAUAUCAGUUCAGAAACGUCCUCCUUAAUGACCUAGUAUUAAAGGAUCAUUCUUCAUUGGUACAGUGUUAGUAGAGGAGGAGACACAAUCUAAGUUAGCUAAGAGUCACCUUUGUUGGUCCUAGACACUAUAGGUGGAAACUAAAAGAACUUAUUUGCAUGUACUGUAUGCUGGAUAGCUCAGUUCAAAAUCGUUCCCCCCUAAAGAUGCGAUAGGAGCCAUCGUAUCGCAUCAAUCGUUCCCCCUAAAGAUGCGAUAAAACCCACUAAACCUGAGAUUUGGUGCUAGAGAGAAUAAGGAAGGCUUCUCGUAUUCGACGGAUGCGGAUGCAAAAUUAUUACUAGAUACAGUAUAAAAACUGUAUCAUGUAUGCAGGAAUAGAACUCUGGUCAAGCCACCAGCAACCCUAAGGACAUCCCAAGCUAGAAUUAGCUUCACUACUUUUCUCUAAGGAAAUUGACUGUAACAUGACUGGGUAUUUUGAGGGGAGGUGUAGGGAAGUGUGUGUGCCUUCCCUUUGAUCGUUUUGCAAUUACCCUUAGAUUUUUUGCAUUUUUCCCUUGGGAAAGUUAAAUGAUAGAUCAAACUGAAAAUUGUGGUUGCUUAGGCGAUCUACAUUUUGUAAGAAAUUUUUUUUGUAAAAUUGGAACAGUGAUAGCCUGAUUCAUCUAUGUGUCAAGUACCCUUUUAAUGCAAUAACGAGACUCUGUAGUAACGCAAUGAAGGGCAAAAUUGGUUGAAUCUUACGUUCUAAGUCAUAACAUUCCAUGGGGGGGGGGGCGUAAGUUAGACCGCUGCCCCCCCCCCUAAAUCUUUUCACCUUCCCAACCAUUCCCACCAAAAUCGGUCCUUCGACUGAAAUAUACAGAUAUACUGGAUUCGCUUCACCGUUCUGACUGAAAUAUGCAGAUCUUGCUUAGCUUCACCGUUUUGACUGAAAUGUACAGAUCUAGAUCUGGCUUAGCUACACAGUUUUACCUAUCACUAAUUAUUAUUAUUAAGGUGCUGUUGUGGAACUGUUCAUGGAAAGAGGGAUUUUGAAAUGGAAAUUUAUAACACGUCAAGAAGCGAUAGCGUUCUUAGUUCGCCAUACAAAACUUCUUCGUCCCAGACAGUGGACCCACAUUGUUGCGCUUUACGAUCCCUAUACCCUAAAGGCAAAAUUAUAUAUCGACUCUAAAUUGACAAAUGAGGUCAGUGUACGCAAGGGAAUGAUCCGUUGGAGGUUUACGUCAUCGCUAAGAUUCGGUUUGACGUCAACAGAAGGGUAUCUGGAUGAUCUGUAUGUGUAUGAUUGUGUAUUAAGUGAGAAGGUACUUGAUGGGAUUCGAAGGGACUGCUGGUGUCAGGAGUUGUGUGCCCCCAGAGGAAGAAGUGAGUAUGAAGAUCUGUUGAAAUGUUGGGAUUUUUUUUUUUUUGGGGGGGGGGUCACGUCCAUGCACUACAGCCUUUAGCAAACUAGGGGACAUUGUUUGGAAACAUUUAAGGAUUUUUUUCUGUGUUGGUGUUAUGUACCGACGUAAAUAUGAUGCUUGUGAUGUUACUCUGAGUGUGUAUCCACGCUGGGAAAGCUUGAAAAAUAUGCCUGGCCACGGUGGGAAUCAAACCUACGACCUUUGGAAUACUAGCCCAAUGCUCUGCCAACUGAGCUACGCGGUCAGGUCGGUUCGAGUACGUGAUAUUUCGGAACUGAGUCUAGUUCCUUCGAUAUCAAUGCAAUCUAGUAAUUGUAAUCAUGAUUUUUUCUGUGUUGGUGUUAUGUACUCAGGUGAAUAUGAUGCUUGUGAUGUUACUCUUAGUGUAUAUCCACACCAGAGCAUUGGGCUAGUAUUCCAAAGGUCGUAGGUUCGAUUCCCACCGUGGCCAGGCAUAUUUUUCAAGCUUGCCCAGUGCGGAUAUACACUCAGAGUAACAUCACAAGCAUUUAAGGAUUUAUACAGAGGAUAGGUUUAUACGUGGUGUCCCGAAAAAACUACACCUUUUGUUGGAAUUUGAAUGCCUUAUUACUAUGCUGAAACCACGUGUGCGCAAACGCAAUUGAAUGGAAUUUUAUGCAUACACUUUGAGUUAAUAUGUACUUUGAGCGUAUAAUUUAACACAAUAGAAAAUCUUGUACUUAAUAAGAAUAGAGUUAUUUAUAAAGGUUUCGUUUUUCAGUACACCCUGUAUUUUACGCUCAGCGUAAUGUUCAGGCAUUCAGAUUAUUACAACAGGAAAAUUUCAAAAGGUGUACUUCUUUUCGGGACACCCUGUAAAGAAAUCGUCGAAAUAUUUCGCUUUAUUUCUAAUUUCAAUUGUGACCAUAUGUAGCAAUAAAUCAGUUCUACUUGACCGCCCACAAUUCAACAGAAAUUGAUAGCAUGAUUGUUUCUUGUUAGUGGAAAUCGAGCUUAAGUACUCUUUCCAGAAGUGUCUGCAGACAAAUUAUGAAACUUGUAUGUUUUGUUAUCAUUGAGAUGUUUAUUCAGACGUAAUUUGCUAUACAUGCUAGCCUUUCUAGAAUUUACUAUCAUUGAGAAGUUUAUUCAGGUGUAAUUUGCUAUUCAUGCUAGCCUUUCUGUAAUUUACUAUCAUUGAGAAGUUUAAUUCAGACGUAAUUUGCUAUUCAUGCUUGCCAUUCUAUAAUUUACUAUUGUUGAGAAGUUUAUUCAGACGUAAUUUGUUAUAUUAAUUGGUAGCCUUUCUGUAAUUUACUAUCAUUGAGAAGUCUAUUUAGACGUAAUUUGCUAUUCAUGCUAGCCAUUCUAUAAUUUACUAUUAUUGGGAAGUUUAUUCAGACGUAAUUUGCUAUUCAUGCUAACCUUUCUAUAAUUUACUAUUAUUGAGAAGUUUAUUCAGACGUAAUUUGCUAUUCAUGCUAGCCUUUCUAGAAUUCACUUAGGGCGGUGCUAAUAUUUUGAAUCGCAAUUAAUGAUGCACCCCGGACAGUGCACUUGCCCAUCUCAGAUUUUCCCAUCAGAAACUAGUAUUAAUUCGUUUGCUGCGUCAACUUGCCCAACAAUGUGCCAUUUUAAGUAUUUGUCCUUAAGCCAGUUUUCCCCUUCAAUUGUAUCGUAAACCUGGUUUCCAUAUGGUCGUAACGGUCGUAAAGAUUGAGUCACGAUCUUUCUCAUCAGCCGAAAUACAACAUUUUAGAACUGAAAAUACGCGGAGUGAUUAUAACUAGAGAACACUCAUGAUUCGUAUGUCAUUUACAGGCAUAAACUAUUAUAAACUGGCCGUUGAGAAAGUUCGUGGUCUGAAAUAUGUACCGUAUUUAAUUUUCCUUUGAAACAAAAAUCGUUCAACAUGUCGAACAUUUAUCUUUAGAUGAAUUUCUGAUAAGAAUGAUUCUACUAUCUACAAACAGUUCAACCAGCGGAACAGAAGAACUAGCCGAUAGAGUGAAAAAUGGGGUAAGUAUAAGAUAAUUAACAAUUUGGUUUGAUAAAAAUCUACUUUCUAUUUGGAAACACGGCUGUGUAAUUAUCACCGAUGACAAAUCAGUCUUCAAUGAUUGCAAAGGUAUAUCGACACUUAAUUACAUUUGCCGCCUUGAUAUGCUCGCGACCGCAACGCCCAAUGAAAAAGAGGGUUGAAAUAUCUCAAUCGGGGAGGGAUAUGUCUACCUCCUCCACAGACGUUUCUGCGGGCGGAAAAAUUAGAGAGUGAACACGCGGGCGGGAAAACGUUAUUGGCGAGUGCGUUUUCAACUUCCAACCUGCGAACGGGCGUACUCUGCCUUACGAAAUUAGGGAAUGAUGACGACGGAGGAGGUAGGGAAUAUGUCACAAUUAUUUCGUUCCGAAAAGGCAAUGUUACACUUGGCCAUCCUUUCUGCAAACUGCAGUGCAAUUUCGUACACAGAGCCAUGUUAUCUUUUAAAGGUAGUUACAUAGGAAUGUGAACAAGGCUCCCAUUCUACUCUGCCGACAUUUUCUCUACAUAAUAUGCUCUUAAGGGAUGAAAAAUAGAAGAAAUGGAAUGAAAAAUGUCGGCAUUAAGCCCCCGGCAGGGGGUUUAUUUUAACGUGCAGUUCUACACAAAAUGUGCAGUUCUAAACCCAUUUGUGCAGUUCUUAAAACACAAAUGUGCAGUCACCAAACUAACAAAAAUAGCCUUAAUUAAAACAGUCUUCUCAUUUAUUCGUUACCCUUGUGGAUGCUCCAGAAAAUUCCAGAAAUGCUGUUAUUAAUUGAGCAUCAAAAAUCUAAACGAUUUCUGGGGAAGACUCCAGACCCUCCCAUUUUCCUCACAAAUCACUUACGUGCUGGGGUAAUGGAAAAGAAAGUAAAAUUGGGGCGAGCGAAGCUCCCAAAAAGAGAUUAGAGUGGAAGAACCUAAUAUUCUUAUAUCCAUAAUUCCCAGUUACAUGUUUUGAAAGAAUUUUUGUGAGUGGUUGGGUAAAACAAAUCUUUGCCAAUACUUAACAGCCUCUAGAUUCAAAUUGUUUUGGGGAACACCCCUAGCUCCCGCACCCAAAAUCGAAUUUGUCUGGCCUUUCUCCAAUUCUCCCUCCCAAGCACACUAUUAUUCUGUCACCUUACUCAUCUAUAUGCAGGUAAAAAUCCUUCGACCCCCCCCCCCCGAAGUCAAACACCCAUUGCCUUCGUAACAUCCCUAUGUGUGCAGUUCUAAAUUUGUGUUAAAAUAAACCGUGAAGCCCCGUACAGACGACCAACUCUUUCUUGACAAGUUUUAUAUGCUUGUGUGUACGGCAAAAAAUUGAACACAAAAUUUUUCUUUGCCAAGGAGCCUUGUUCCAAAGCUAGUUAUGCCAGCUUUUGGACAAGGAAAAUUUGUUCGUAUGAACGGCCGCCAAGAAAAACUUGACAAGUGUACGAGAAAUAUGUUUGUGAUGUUACUCUGAGUGCAUAUCCACACCGGGCGAGCUUGAAAAAUAUGCCCGGCCACGGAGGGCCGCCCGGUGUGGAUAUGCACUCAGAGUAACAUCACAAACAUAUUAUUCACCUGAGUACACAACACCUGUACGAGAAAUAUUUCUAUGGUUUUGGCAAACAAAAGGCGGUAAAUGCAUAACAACAUUCCGUGCAGACGAAUAACAAAACUUCUCAAGAGAAACUAGGCAAGGAAAUCUUGUUUUAAUACCGUACACACGAGAAGGAAACUUAUCAAGGAACAUGUCACUGAUGAAGUCCUUUUUUCAGAUCAAGGAAAUGUUUGAUGAAAUAUCUGGGGAACAGCGGGUGCAGACAAUUGGACAUAGGCCACUGGACGUGGAUUCAGUCAUGGUUGAUUAUUCAUUUCAAAGUAUUGGUAACAGUGACACGCGAUAUUUGGCAGGAGUGAUGCAACCAGCAAUCACAUCCGGGAAUAUUGCUGGAGUACAGCUGGAUUCAAAUGACGUGUCCUUUAUACCGAUAUCUGGUAGGUCAUACCAUACCAUAUCCUACCAUACCAUACCAUACCAUACCAUACCAUAGUACCAUACCAUGCCAUAGUUUUACUCAGAUAGCUUUACUAAGCAUUGUUUUUGAACAUUAGGCAAAAGUGUGUGUCUAUCAAACGAGAUGAAAUGUGGUGAUGGUGAAUGUAUAAAUAAGUUGUGGAAAUGUGAUGGUGAAAUCAACUGUGCUGAUGGCAGUGAUGAAGUUGACUGUGGUAAGAUAGAAUUGAUGUAGUGGUAGUUAGUGCAUGUGUUUAUCAACACUUGUGAUCAGAGGUCCCAUUCCUGCAAUAUUCAAGACUUUGUUUGAUUAUGAUCCCCUGGGUCGCAUGGGAGACGAGAGCUACAAACACGGCAGAUUGGGUCCUGGUACCCAGGUUUUCUCCUGUGGUAACAAUGAACCAAUAAAAAUGACCCUUACUAAAUCACUAGACUGAAAGUAGCUUAUUUUAGCGAUUUUCAGAGCAAGCGCUCUUCAACUCUGAGACGUUAGAGACCUUUAGCAAAAAGGUGACGACCAAAACAUACUCGUUCAAAUAAGUACCUUUAAGAUCAACAUGUCUUGUAUUAUCCAUUGUAUGAAUUUAUUGCAAUUUAAGAAGGUUAAAGACAGAGGUUUAUAUUGGAGAAGACUUCUACUGAGCCAAUUUGGCGAGGACGACUUCUCGCGGCUUGAAAGGCAGACGUUGUGUACAAAACGAGAAAAUCUUUGGUUUGCUGUUGUAAACAGAGCAAGGACGACGUCUAAAACUCCCAUGGGACCUUUAAUUAUGCAUUUUCUUUCUACACUGUCAUAAAUUUCAUUGUAUUAAUAGCCGUCGCCGUCCUGCUAGCUAAAGGUCCCUAUUUCCAUUCUCGGUGCAGACACACGAAAACAGUUGGUGAACGUUCUACCAAAAGUCGUGGCUUUUCCCCGGGUACUCCAGUUUCCUCCCACAGGAAAUUUGAGAGGGUGGGUUGGGAUUAGCCCCAAACUGUCCCUUCACAUCGUAACUGUGCUCCGCGUUGAGACAUGAGCCAUAGUGCCUGCCAGACUCCAGAGAUGCCCUUAGAAAGCCUUUGUCUCAAUCAGAUUGAGCUGCGUCCUUCUCAAUUCAGCUUAGCGCUUAGAUUCAAGUAAGGAUGAUUAGCAUAUAUUCCUGUAUACUAACGCUGGAUCAAUAAUGGAGUGGAAUUUCAGUUUAAGUCUGGUUCACAUAUGCCUGCGGUAUGCUUGCGCUAUCAUUGUUUACAGCUGUUGAUGCAUACAUUCUUUUGUGAUUUAUUUGGUUGAACUGCUAACGACAAUAGCCCGCCGACAUAUACCGCUGGUGUAUAUGAACCAGGUUUUAGGACUAAUGAAAAUCCGGAGCACUCCGAACAAUAAAUGGAGAGUUAUCCGGAAUGAAUAAUUUAAUGUUAGUCUUUUUUAAGGGAGCAUCUUGUUAACAUUGAAAUACUUUAUUUAGGCGAGAUUAUUGCGUUUGAUUGCCAGAGCAAUGAGUUCACAUGUAACCAGUCACGUGUGUUUGGUGUCAGCGAUUGUAUUGAAGCACGAUAUAGGUGUGACGGACAACUGGACUGUGACGAUGAUUCAGAUGAACAGGGAUGUGGUAAGUGAUGAUCAAGAUUUAGAUAACAUACGUAUAGGUGGUGAAAAUUCACGUUUUUGCCCGAUCAGGAAUGGCGGCCAGAUGGUAAUAGCAUGGCCGGAUUUUGAAGGGAGGUGUGGAGAGAUGAGCACAUUCCCUGAGAUCGUUUUGUACCGCCCCUGAGUUUCUUUGCACCUCCCACGAAAGGUCAUGCACCUCCCCUUGGGAAAGGUUAAAUGAUAGGUCAAAGUGUAAUUUUGACCGAUUUUUUAUGUGUUGCUUAGGGUCUAGACUUUGAAAGACGGUUUCUUUGUAAAAUUGAAAAGGUGAAGGCCACUUUUCUCUGAAUCAAGUACCCUCUAAAUGCAAGAUGUUUCGGAAGAAACUUUGUAGUAAUGUAAUAAAGGCUCAAAGGACAAACUUGGAUGAGUAGUACAGUCACAAUUCAUAAAUACACUGAUACAUAUAUACAGUACAGUAGGGUACGUUCUAAGCCAUAACACAUGAUUCCAUGGGGGCCUUAGUAAAAUAAUAGUAAAAGUCAAAAAAGUUGAAGAAUGACGAGAUCAUUUUAUUCUUCAGUUUCUCCCAAGUUGAUCACAGCCCCACGAUCGUUGCACAUCUUUGCUGAAGGUGAAACAGCGAGCUGCACUUGUGUGGCCAACGGUGUACCACAUCCCACGAUCAGCUGGUACCAUAAAGGGAUAGAAGUUACUUCCCUUCGAGGGAAGAUUUCAGUUACCUCGAUCUCAGGCCACGGGAAGCUGACUAUAUUUAAUGUCGGACAGGAGGACUCUGGAAAUUAUAUCUGUAAAGUUAGUGAUAAUCGUGUCAAGAGGACGAUAGCGCCAAGCUGUACUAUUAAAGUUCGAGGUUAGUCAUUUUAUGUAUGAGAAUGGUUUUAAUUAAAAUGUCUAACGUUAGUCUACUAAUGAUUACUGAUGUUUCCUGGUUUUGCCACUUUUGGGAAACGUGGCUAAGAAACAAUGUUUCCUGGUUUGGCCACCUUUGGGAAACGUGGCUAAGAAACUAUGUUUCCUGGUUUGUCCACCUUUGGGAAACAUGGCUAAGAAACAAUGUUUCCUGGUUUGUCCACCUUUGGGAAACAUGGCUAAGAAACAAUGUUUCCUGGUUUGUCCUCCUUUGGGAAACAUGGCUAAGAAACAAUGUUUCCUUGUUUGAAACAUGGCUGGGAAAUGAUGUUUCCUGGUUUAGCUACCUUUGGGAAACAUAACUUGGAGAGUUAUGCUCCUGGUUUGAGCACCUUUUUGAAACAAGGCAAAAACAAUGUGUACUGAUUUGCCCACAUUGUGAAACGUAGCUAGGAAACAAUGUUUCCUGGUUUCCCACUUUUGGUGAAAAAAUGACUAUAGGAAACAAUUAUUGUUUCCUGGUUUGGCAACCUUUAGGAAACAUGGCUGGAAAACAUUGUUUUCUGAUUUGCCUACAUUUUUGAAACGUGGCUAUAGGAAACAAUGUUUCCUUGUUUGACCGCCUUUGGUAAACAGCAUUUCCUGGUUCUCCCCAGGAAGUUUGGUACGUUGUUUAUUCCUUUAUUAUAAUAUUGUAUUUUUGUAGCUUUCGGGAGUGUAUGUCGACCACCUUUCUUCAAUUCCGUGGCUCAGCAUAGUGACGAAUGCUUGAGAUGUUUUUGCAAUGGACGAACGACGAGUUGUAGAAGUGCUCAGUUGUAUAACUCAAAGGUAAGUGUUUUGAGGGCGUUAGUUCAUUGCUGGUUAGUAACGAAAAUAACAGGUAAAUUCUACGUUUUGAAAAGGAUUUGCAAGGAAUGUACACGCAAAUACAAGGAACUGACUCAGUGUUAAACAGUGGGCGGGUUCCAUCAAACAUUUCUUACAAAUCCUUCAAAACUUAGAAUUUACCAAUGCAAAAUUCCUACUAUGCACAAAAACUGUGACGAAGUGUAAUCCAGACUUUAGUCCAUAUAUCUUGGGCAGUUUUCAAGAUGUUUCCAUUUUUAGGUUUUGUUUUGUACUUUAGUAAAAGAACUCAUGAGGAAUGUCUUUGUUAAUUACUUGUUCUGUCUUUCCUUGGUUUGAUCUUAGCUAACAUCUCAGUGGGAUUGCUACAGCUGUACAGAAAAGGACGAACCAAGACUUGUGGACAGAUACGGGAAAUCUGUUAAUAUAUACCAAAUAUCAACUGUAACUCGGUUAUAUUGGCAGCUACCUACAAGAUACUCCGGAAACAAG